GAGGGUGGAGGAACAGCACAAAGUAGACGCUGUUCAUUUCAUUUCACAUGGCUUCUAUAUCUCGUGUAGUUAACUUUUUUUUUAAGCAGCUAUAUCCGUUCUUCAGCUGGUCGACCAGGGGUUUCCAGGAGGCGUCAGUGAUUUUAGUCUACUUUAAACCGAAAAGAAAAGAAAAGGGGGAGUUGAAGCGAGAGUGCGCGCUUGUGUAGCAUGUAGCGAGUUGCGUUUAGCGUUGCGCAUUUGGACAACCUGUGUCAGCAGGUAAGGUCCUGUACACGAAGCCCAAACUCGCUCCGGUCAAAGGGAGAGGAAAAGCAUUGCCUCGGGCAAUUCCUGUGAAGAAAACCUGUUUUCCCUCUGUGUAUAAAAAAGAAAAAGAAAAUUCUAAUGGUUCUACAGCAACACCUUAUUCAACUCGGCACCUGAUACUGGCGAUAAUGUAAAGCUCAGAGAGAACAGAGCCACGCGUUAUUUCAGCUCAGUUUGCAUGAGGAGGGUCAAGAAACACCUCUAUCUACCUUCAAACAAACACUUUUGUUUUGUUUUGUUUUUGUAACUAUACUGACCAGGACAUAUUCGGAAGGAACUUCUCUUGGGUAUACGAAAAAGGAAAACUUCUAUGGAGUGAUGUAUCACAGAAGGUGUAGAGCCACAGAAAUGUGUGACGGUGUGUGAGCGCUUGCCAUGGGACAGAAGAAAAUCUGGCUUCUCUGUGUCACAUUUGCUUCCUUCCUCUAUCUUACAAAUCCCUCAUUAAGUGCUGAAACGGUGGUGAAAGGAAGAGUAGGGGGGACUGUAGAACUGGGCUGCACCCUCACCUCUUCAUCAGAUGGGGUCAUGACUCCCAAUCUAUUCCCUCUGCACGUGGUUGAGUGGGUGCGUCUGGGCUACAACGUCCCCAUUCUUAUAAAAUUUGGAGACUACACGCCACGUGUGCACCCAAAUUAUAAAGGCCGUGUGUCUCUGAUACGGGGAGCGUCUCUAGUGGUUGAUGGCUUGACUCUGGAGGAUGAAGGCUGGUUUGAGUGUCGCAUACUUUUGCUGGACAGAACAGCUGAUGAGUUCAGAAAUGGCACAUGGACUUUCCUGUCAAUCACAGCUCCUCCAGUGUUUAUAAAGAUACCCCCUUCCUUUGUGGAGGUCCUUUUGGGGGAAUCUCUCACCCUUAGCUGUGGUGCACAUGGCAACCCAAAACCAAAAGUCAUCUGGAGAAAAGAGGACAACACACUGGUGGAAGAAGACAAGAUUAAGGUAAUCAAUGGAACCUUAUCUUUGGUCAAGGUUACCAGGGAAACAGCAGGAAUGUACAAGUGUCACAUAUCCAACUCUGAGGGAAACUUGACUCACAUUACCCAACUACAGGUUAAAGGUUCUCCAGUCAUUGUUAUUUCCCCUGAGGACACCACCAUGAACAUGUCCCAGGAUGCAGUUCUGCAGUGCCAUGCUGAUGCAUACCCAUCUAACCUCACAUAUGAGUGGCAGAAAGAAGGGGAAAAUGUCCAUUAUGUUGAAUCUCUGAAGUCUCGUGUAAAGAUCCUGGUGGAUGGUUCUCUACUCAUUCCUGAGUUAAUCCCUGAAGACUCAGGAAACUACACCUGCAUUCCCUCCAAUGGGUUACUGACUCCACCCUCGGCUUCUGCUACCCUCAAAGUGAAAUAUCCUGCACAGGUGGUGCGGAUGCCCAGAGAGACUUAUCUCCCUGCUGGCAUGGGCGGAACAAUUGUGUGCCCAGUUCAAGCUGAACCUCCGAUGCUGUUUGUCAACUGGACCAAAGAUGGUGCCUCACUGGAUGUACGCCAGUACCCAGGUUGGAUGAUAAACUCAGAAGGCUCCUUGUUCAUAGACACAGCCAAUGAUGAUGCAGUAGGCAUGUACACCUGCACUGCCUACAACAGUUAUGGGACUAUGGGUCAUUCUGAACCUACGAAAGUUAUUCUGAAGGAUCCCCCACUGUUUCAGGUGUCCCCCAGGGCUGAGUACCUACAGGAAGUUGGUAGAGAGCUGAUCAUUCCCUGCCAAGCACAUGGGGACCCAGCACCUAAUAUCACCUGGACCAAAGCUGGGAGUACACUUUUCUCACAAUUUACUGUUUUGUCCAAUGGUUCUCUGGUUCUGCGUCCAGUCAGCAAAAAUCAUCAAGGAGCAUGGGAAUGUCAUGCUACCAACUCCGUGGCCACAGUCAGUAAAGGCACUGUGGUUCUAGUGUUAGGGACAAGCCCCCAUGCUGUGACUGGGGUAUCUGUAGAUCCAGGCACUAACAGUGCCAAUGUAUCCUGGCAGCCUGGCUUUGAUGGAGGAUAUACCCAGAGGUUCAGCAUCUGGGUGAAGCCCACUAAUAGAGAGAAACAUGAGUGGACCUCACUCCCAGUCUCCACAUCUGAAUCCAGGCUCCUUGUGACAGGUCUCCAGCCUGCCACCAGUUACCAGUUCAGCAUCUUGCCCCAGAACAAGUUGGGCUCUGGCCCAUUCAGUGGGAUUGUCACCAUCAUGACCCUUGGGCCUCCAACAUAUCCACCCACUGUAGUAACUGAUGUAGCAGCCCUACUUGCUCCCACCUCACUGUCAGUCAAUUACACAGCAGUGGGUGUGCUGCUGCAGUGGCUGCCACCCUGUGCUCAGUCUCCACUGAUCAAAGCCUUUGUGCUCCAGGCAAGUCAGGAGAUGGGUGAAUGGGUUACACUUGAUAGAGAAAUCAAUGUCAACUCCACAGAAAUCCUUGUUCAAGGACUGACAAGAGACUCUUACUAUGAGCUGAGGCUGCUGUCACGUGGAGCUAGAAUAGUCAGUGAUCCCAGCGAAUCAGUCAGUAUCACCACUAAAGGUAUGGAGGUAUACCCAGCUCCACCCAGCUUGUUGACUUUCGUUACUCAGCCCCUGAUGGCUGGUGUGAUUGCGGGUGUGUGCUUCCUGUUUUUGGCUAUCAUUCUUUCAGUGGUGACAGCACGUGUUAUGAACCAGAGGAGGAAGCAGCGCCGCAGGAAGAGACGAGAUGUUAUCUCUACUGCCUUCCAGAAGACUCGAUCUGCACAAGCUAGCUUGCCUGAUGACAGUCCCAAGAGCAUACUGAAGAUGAAGUUAUGCCCUCCACUUAACUUUUUUCCCAAUUCCUCUUCUUCUGACCGUUCAGAUCGCUCAUCCUUUGAUAAGGGCAGCCACAGCGAGUAUCAGGAUCAGAAGAAGCAACUUCUCCCCUCAUCAUCUCCACCACCAUGCUACACUCUGUUUGAGAGCCACCUAGGCGGUUCCCCGUCCACAUUGUCUGCCAUUGAGUCUAUAUCCAGAGGGCCCGAUGGCCGUUUCAUUGCCCAACCAUGUUUAGAGGAUUCUAAGGCAAUGCAAAUUAAAACAAAAAAAGAAUUCUCUCAGUCCCCUGUACAGGAUAAUGCUGAAAGGAGCAAGAGUAGCUCUUUCCGAGACUCUCCCAGAUCCUGUUCAGUUAGGUCAGAGAAGAGACUGAUACAAGAUCCACCAUCAACAGGGCAGGGCAGCCACAGCAAAUGUCUAACACUGAUGAAAGAGCAAGAGGUGCUGAGAAGCUUCACGACCAGCCUCAGAGCACAAAAGUGUGAGAAGGAGCAGAGACAGUCUAAGUCAGCAAGUCCUAUUAGAAGAUGGGCUGGGGUUGAGUUGGAUGAACCCAUCUCGAAACCUCAGGAUAUUCCUCUCCGGCAAAAAGCCCAGAGACCUAGCAGCCUGGCCCAACGAGUUUCAGAAUAUCGGAGGGGUUGUUAUUUUGGCAACACCAGCAGUCCCAUGGAGAGUCCACUCACCUCCACCUCCCCAUACAUUCAAUGGGACAUCAGCCCUGUGACUUCUCCUACCAGCCAGGUCCCUGCUCUGAGCCCCCCAGAGGGGAACACACUUCAAUGCAUGUUCCCAGACACAUCACACAGAGGUUUGGAGGGUGUAGAAGACUCAGCAGCAGGAGAUUUUUCACAAUCAUCAGUUACACAGUACACCUCCCUUUCAAUCCUUUCCAACCAAAGGCACAGUCCUUCUUGCUGUGAGUCAGACAUAAGUAAGGCACAGGCCAAAUGCCCAGAGAGACCAAUAGACACGGAGCUUUCCAGUACAAGAAUUAUAACCGAGGAUCAUUGGAUGAGAACACAGCACUCUGCUGCUGAAAGGGGAAAAGAAGCCAGCCCUGAAGGACACUUCCCAAAAUUCAGUACUAACUUGAGCCAGAAUUUUAUUGGUUGUUUCACCAUUACCCAUGAUAAUCAGAAGAGUGACAGUGAGAUCAAAACUGAAGAUAAACCCAGCUCCUCAUCUUUGCAACCUGAAGAAGAGAAAGAGGGUGUCAGAGCACGCUCUCGCAAGAGUGACAAGUGUGUGUUCAGUGUUAGCCCCAAUCACAUUUUUCCUCUGCCCCUUCUUGAAAAUGAAGUUGAAAGUGAUCAGUCUAAUUUCUCCAUUAGAUUAUCUGAAUCACUGAAAGGCAAGAUAGUGCCACAGCCUGACAGGAUGCCUGCUCUGCAACCAAGCACUAUUCUGGAGUAUUUAAGCCUGCCAGGCUUUGUUGAGAUGAGUGUAGAUGAACCUAUUGAGGAGUGUCAACUGGCAGAAUCUACUUGGCUCAGCACCAAACAAGCAGAUGGGACUCUGUUAAGAGGUGAACCUGAUGUGGUUCCUAAGAACUGGGAGAAUCAAGGUCAUUACCACUUAGAGUCGAAUGAUGAUCACCAAAGCAGAUUUUUGGUGGAUCAUAAAAUACCCAUUCCUGUAGAAUGUUCUAUUCCUGAAAAUGUAACUAGUUCUAUACCCUGUCAACAGCUGGCACAAGGACAUACAAGUAUAAACCCAAGGUCCUCAGAUACAAAAUUUAUUUCAACACAAUAUUUAGCCUAUAAAGGAAAUAGUCCCUAUCCAUUGAUCUCUGACAAAAGCCUUGGUUCUGAUAAACCCAGACACUUGAGCCCAGCACAGCCUCUAGUGAGUACUAAAGUAGUCUAUAAUAUCCCUUAUCAAGGUGAGAGUAUGGAAGAAUCUUUAUCAGAGCACACUCAGUGGUGUCAAUCUCAGAAUAAGAGGACUAACCAAGUAAGUACACGGAUCUCUCAGGCUCCUGUGCCUUUUAUGAAGAAAUCAGUCAGCACUGGUCAAUACAGGACACUCUCAGGUAUGGGGCAGCCCCGUCCAUUCCUAAGGAAAUCUGUUAGUUUAGGGUCUCAGAAGUGGGAUCAUCAUCAAAGCUCCAGGACAUAUGUCUCUAAUAAAUCUUACAAAGAUGAGCUACCCCAUCUUAGUGUAAAAGACAAGUCCUACAAUUUGGGUUGCACACCUGCAAAUUCUUACUUGAGGUCUGGUCCCUCAUGGCAAGGGACAAGGCAUGCCAAAUCAUACAGAAGCUAUGGCCCGGAGAGACCUUGUAAUAGUGAGAGACCAUACAUGACUCCAUCAUCUCUCAUCAAUGCGCAUGGCCCAUCAGUCCUAGAUCCACCAAAACCUGUAGAACCUUACAGACGAGAGUCAGAUCAACAUCAACAAGCUACAGUCUUUCAAGAGUGGCCACUGUCAUAUCAAGAGACCCUAAGGUUAGUCCAGCACAGGUAUGUCCCCCAUGGUCCCCCUCGACCCCUUAGUGCACCCAGACUAGUUGCAAGGUGGGGCCAUCCUCACCCUAUGGACUCCAGAAAGAGUUUUCAGAGGCCAUUCUUGCCUAGGGGUUACAGCUGGCCUUCACCCCACCAUGCAGUUUUUCCCUCAAGGGAGAUUCAGAGAGAACUACAUGGAGUGGUGGGUAAGGGUGAGGGCAGGGACAGUACAGGAGAGUGUGGUCGAGCCAGUUAUGCCAGCCAGAGCAGUGGUAGGGGGAGCGUGGGGCCAUUUGGGCACCUCCGCCAGUCCCUUUCCAUCACUCCUACAUUAUUGAGCUCUCCUGAGAUUACAGAGGAGAGUGAGAGGCACAAGAGAGAAUCAGACCUGCGAGAGCGAAGGUCAAAAAGGUGAAUUACCUCUGUAACAACUUUUUCAUUGGCCCCACAUAUUGUUUGGAAGUCUUAUUGUAUGUUUUGUAUCUGUCUAAAGUAGGAAUACAUCAGUAGAUGAGUGUUAUGAGUUUGAUCCUACUGAAUACCGGAUAGGCCUUGACCUCCUGGAGGCCAUAAAGAUGGAGCAGGCAGGCAUGAGGCAAGGGAGGGAACUGAGACAUGAUAGGGUUACCAGCACUGGCCUCCAGGACCUUCAGGAGGAAGGUGAGCGUCCCAUAAGCUAUUUACCCAUAUAAAGUCAUGUGAAAAUAUAAGUAUACCCCAUGGAAAUUGAUGACUUUUUUUUUUUUUUACUUUUUUGGACCAGCAAACGUUUGAUCAUCUUUGAAAUUUGAAAAUUUCACAAAGGAAAAUUAGAUUUUUCAAUCAUUAUUCAACAGAAAUAUUAAUAGAUGUGAUAUUCUUCUCUGGGAAAAAGUAAGUACACCCUUGGCCUCAGAAGCAAGUAUUGCCCCCUUUAGCGGAAAUAAUUUCUUGUAGCUGUUUGCAUAAUUGUCCACCAGUCUCUGACAUCAGCUUGCUGGAAUUUUCAACCACUCUUCCAUGCAAUAUUCUUUCAGUUACAAGAUGUUUGAGGGUUUUCUUGCAUGUACUGCCCAUUUCAAGUCCCUCACAACAUUUCAAUGGGAUUCAACUCUGGGCUUUGACUAGGCCAUUCCAUAAACCUCCAAUUUCAUCUUUUUGAGCCAUUCCCUGGUGGAUUUGCUAGUGUGCUUAGGAUCAUUAUCCUGUUGAACAGUCCACUUUCGGUUCAACUUCAACUUUUGGACAGUUGGCCUCACUUUAUCUUCAAGCACUCUUUGAUAUGAUGUAGAAUUCAUAGUUGAAUCAAUGAAUGCAAGCUGUCCAGUCCCUGAGGCAGCGAAGCAACCCCAAACCAUAAUAUUUCCUCCACUGUGCGUCAUAGUUUCUCCUCCUGAAAGGCUGACUUUGGUCUGCACCAAACAUGUCUGCUGUUACUGUGGCCAAACAACUCUAUCUUUGAUUCGUCUGUCCAGAGCAAAUUCUAAAAGGCCUGGUCUUUGCCUGUAUGCUCAUUGGCAAACUGCAGUCUUGCUCUUAUGUUCUUUUUAGACAAUGAAGGCUUUUUCCUGGCACGCCUCCCAUGCAGGUCAAAUUUGUGCAAUCUCUUUCUGAUUGUAGAAGCAUGCACUUUGACACCAACAGUUGCAAGACUUAUUAGCAGAUCUUAUAAUGAAAGUUUGUGGUUCUUGGAGACUUCUUUUUGCAUCAGACAGUCUGCUCUUGGGCUGAAUAUGCUGGGAUGGAGAGGCCUGUACAAAAUUCCGUUUGAAAUCUGCGCCACUUGUAGAUGAUUUUCCUUACAGUGGAAUGAUGGAGAUCUUAAUUUAGAGAUCUUGUUAAAUCUCUUACUAGACUCAUGAGCAUCCACAAUCUUUUUUUAUGAAGGCCUUACAGAACUCUUUAGAUCUUGGCAUGAUGACACCACACACAUCAACAGCAAAGGGAACACCAGACACUAGAUGUGAGAGUUUUAAAUAGGACAGG